CCCAUGCCAACUUCCUUUUGCGCAGCUUGACGCAACUUUUUUUGCGCGAAAACUUACUUUUUUGAAAGAAAAAAAGACAAGGGAAAAAAGCAAAUAUGAAAAUCACCAUCGUCUCUCUCCUCUGCGUAAUAUAUUGUGCGCUGGUUCACGCAGACACGGUAGCAAUUCUAUGCUCGCAAAAAGCAGGCUUCGAUCUUUCCGAUCUGAAAAGCAUGUACGAAGCUAACAGCGAGGAACAAAUGAAGAAGCUUGGAUGUUUCGAAGCCUGUGUAUUCCAAAAGCUUCAUUUCAUGGACGGUAAUACUUUGAACGUAGAGAAACUCGAGUCUGGGACUCGAGAACUAACACCCGACGACUUUACAGAGGAUGUGCACGAAAUUAUCGAGCAGUGCGUUAGCAAAGCUGCAGACGAAGACGAAUGCAUGGUUGCCCGAAAAUAUAUCGAUUGUGCUUUGGAAAAAAUGAAAUUCCUUGAUAAUGAAUUAGAAAAGAUUGCUGGAAAUUAAGCGUAACAACUCUUCUAACUAAACCUUCGAUGAUCGAUCGAAAUUGUAUUUAAAUUAGUCAGUAGAAAUAUCAAAUAAAAACGAAAUAAAAACGAAAA